AUUGUCGAACCGGUUUGGGGUCCUUCUUUGCCUUUCGGCGCCCGGAUAUCCCGAAGGCCCGCUGUUGCCAUGUGGUGUCCGCGUUGUUGCCUGUUUGCAGUGCGGUUGAACGCCGCGAGGAUGAGCGGUACCGCUUCUGUUGUCGGCGGUGGCGACAAGCGCAAAAAGGUUGAGGAGGAGGAGGAGCAGCAGCCGGGAGUCGGGCUCCGGGGCCACGGCCAACCGCCGACUAAAAAGCUGAGGAACAAGAAGAGCAAGGGCGGCCGCUAUGUGCCCCCUCCCGGGAAGAAGAAUCUGGGCAUCAGCUUCGGGCAUCAGCAUUUCAGCGAGACCCAGUAUUACUUUGAGAACGGAUUGAGGAAGGUCUUUCCAUACUACUUUGAUUUCCAGACCUACUGUAAAGGCCGCUGGGUUGGAAAAACAUUGCGGGAAGUUUUCAGCUCUGAGUUCCGUGUUGAACCAAUUGAGUAUUACACCCAGGCUGCCAAAGCUGGCCGAAUCCGGCUUAAUGAGGAACCCGCCGACCUUAAUACAGUCCUAAAGAACAAUGAUUUCAUGAGGAACACAGUGCACAGGCAUGAGCCUCCUGUUACUGCUCAGCCAAUAACGAUACUCACCCAGAACCAGGAAGUCGUUGUGGUGGACAAACCAGCCUCCAUCCCUGUACACCCCUGUGGCCGGUUCAGACACAACACGGUCAUCUUUAUCCUGGGAAAAGAACAUGGUCUGACAGAACUGCACACCAUUCACCGGCUGGACAGGCUCGCCUCUGGGGUCCUCAUGUUCGCCAAGACACUUGAGGUGUCAAAGAAAAUGGACCAGCAAGUCCGAGAGAGACAGGUGCAGAAGGAGUAUGUGUGUCGAGUGCAGGGCGAGUUUCCAGAUGGUGAAAUUGCUUGUGAGGAACCCAUCCUCGUCAUCUCCUACAAGGUUGGUGUAUGCCGAGUGCACCCCACAGGGAAACCGUGCAAGACUGUCUUCCAGAAACUGAGCUACAAUGGCACGUCCAGCUUGGUGCGCUGCUCCCCUUACACUGGGCGCACCCACCAGAUCCGGGUCCACCUCCAGUACCUGGGUCACCCCAUCGUGAAUGACCCUGUCUACAAUACCGAGGCCUGGGGACCUAAUAGGGGCAGAGGGGGGACGCUGGACAAAACGGACGAUGAGCUGCUGAAGGCAUUGGUGGACGAUCACCGGUUGAAAGAGAGCCUAGAUCUCCUGGAAGUGGACUACCAAUGCACUGGGAAGGAUGACCACAAAGGGAGCACCAACUCCACGCCACCACUCGUGGGCCAGACUGACCCUUUUGCAGACGUAAGAGCUGCAGAUGAGGGGAACAACGGGGUUGAGGUUGGAAGGGGGAAGGCAAGCGACCACAGCUGUUUGGAGCCCACAGCUGGUGAACGGGAAGUGAAGCCCGUGCCUGUGAAGGACACUCUGUGUGGUGAGUGCAAGCUGCUGAGGAAGGACCCAUCCGCAAAGGACCUGAUCAUGUACCUGCAUGCCCUACACUACAAGGGGCUGGACUGGGAGUACAGCUCACUGCUGCCCAGCUGGGCUGCUGCUGACUGGCAAGAAGACUGAGGUACUCGCCACAAGCCCAGUGUGUGUGUGUGAAACCUGCACUAAGAUGAGUCCAGGCCUGAACAUUCAGUAACUGGAGAGGAUGUCUGGGAGAGACAGACAGAGAGAGGGGGGGAAGUGGUGCAUGUGAAAACUUGGUGCCUCCUAUAAAAGGGUCUCUAAAGUACAGACAUUUCCUUGAAGGAGAGAGAGAGAGAGCACCAAGCUGUUUCGUUAUGAAUAUGCAACUGAAGACACACACGCAGACACUCUCUGCUGUCAGUUUGUGUGAAGUUUUAUGGAUCAGCAGAGUCCCUUACUCUGAAGUGCCACUGGGAUACUGCACUUUCCUUUUGCACCUGAAUAAAGGUUUACAACAUUGUUUAAAACAGCGAAGUCUAGAGCUCCCACUUGUGCAGGAAUUAUCAUUAUGAGCUUUGGAUGGGUUUGGGCUGUGACGCCCUCUGCAGUUCACUACCCUACCUACUGGAUCUAAUCUUGAAGAUUAGUGGGCCUGUGAGUAAGGUGUGGGUGAGCCAGUGUCCAUUAUCCUGUUUCCACAGUCGAGUGGUCAUUAAGCAUCACAUCACUGACCCUGAUCAUUUCUUCAGCUAUACUGUAUUCCAGACAGAUCCCUUAGUGUAAAUACCCAUUAACGGUGUUUGUCAACCACUAAGACUGACCUUUGGAUUGUUUUAACAGUAUGAUUUUCUUUUUAAACUUCUGUUCUUUGUUUGGAUUUUGAUAUACAAGAUCAGACAGAAUAAAAUACAAUAAAAUAAAAUAGUGCCAUUGUUCUAAGCAGUUGAGUCAGCGAUAUUGGACUGUCUCGCGUGCUUUCCAAUAACAUAAGCCCAAGGCUAGCAAAUGCUGAAAUGUCUAAUUAAGGCUCUUUAUUGAUUGACAUAACCUAUUGCGUGCAGAUCCGUGCUGUCAAACACUGGGCACAUCAGGUUUCCGUAGGCCGUAACAUUACUACCAAAGCAUAUUUUUGUUAUGUGCUGAUUGAUGGUGUCACAAUACCAAGCAACAUUCCUGCUUCAUUCCCCCCACUACAGGUGUGUGUGCAUUUUCUAUAUGAGGAACCACAUUUGUCAGAUAUGGAUUUCUUUCUCCUGACUCUCUCAUUUUGAUUUUUUCAGAGAACUGUUAUUCCCUAACGAUCCCCUAAUGUUUCAAGUCUAGCUGACACCAUUCCUUUUCAUUAACAAUCUUUGCUCAGUGUCCCACUGUCUGGAAUUGAAUCCUACCUUUUCAGCAAUUAGACUGAUUACAUCCUU